GUGGUGACCAUGGCUGGCCAGUCGCCUCCUGCAGAUCUUGCCUUGCAAGUACAGCAUCUCCUCGCCUCACUGCCGGGUACUCUCCCCUCGCUGUCGGAGCGCAGCUUCCCAUCGGACAUCGCUGGGCAGGUGGACCACACCCUUCUCGCUCCUUCUGCCACCUCCCGAGAGAUCAUUGCCGCUACACUCGAAGCUGUUGAGCUAGGCGCAAAGACAGUAUGCGCUCCCUCUGGCUACGUACGCCUCGCCCAUGAGACAUUAGCUGGCGUACCUGCUGAGCGGCAGCAGGCAGGGGCCACAAAAGCACGACCUUUACCCAUCUGUACGGUUGGUUUCCCCCACGGCAACGCAUCCAGCUAUGCCAAAGCGCAGGAGACCAAGAGAGCUGUAGAGGAUGGAGCUGCCGAGAUAGACAUGGUUCAGAAUGUUGGACUGGUGAAGGAAGGCAGGUGGGCGGACCUCUGGUCUGACAUCAAGGCUGUAGUUGAUGCUGCAAAGGGCAGUGACAGAAAGGUUGCCUUGAAGUGAGUGGUAGAGCGUAGUGUUCAGAGGGUUUCUCAUCGAAUUCGAAUGACUAAUGGCACAAGUCCGUCUACAGAGUCAUCCUAGAGUCUGCUUCGCUCACACGCGAAGAGAUUGCGGCUAGCUCCCUUGUAGCGUGUUUGGCUGGUACUGACUUCGUCAAGACGUCGACUGGUGAGUGUUGCUAAUGCUCACUGGUCUCUUUCCAUUAGCAGAGCUAGACAUCUAAAGCCUUCCAACCCAAACUCUCCUUCCAGGCUUCUCUGCAUCGGGUGGAGCUACGGCAGAAGCGGUGCGACUGAUGUAUCACGUAGCAUCUCCUUACAAUGUCUUAGUCAAGGCCUCGGGGGGAGUGCGUACAU